AUGGUUGCCUACAAGUUGACAUAUUUCAAUGGACGUGGAGCUGGCGAGGUUAUUCGUCAGAUCUUUGCCCAUGCUGGACAAGACUUCGAGGAUGUUAGAGUUACUAUGGAGCAAUGGCCAGAGCUCAAAGCUGGAACUCCAUUCGGUCAGCUCCCUUACCUCGAAGUCGAUGGAAAACCACUUGCCCAAUCCCAUGCCAUCGCUCGGUAUCUUGCUCGUGAAUUCAAAUUAAAUGGACAAUGUCCAUGGGAAGAGGCUCAAGUCAAUGCUUUGUCUGAUCAAUUCAAGGAUUACUCCAGUGAAGCCAAACCUUAUUUCUACGCUAAAAUGGGAUUCGGACCAGGAGAUGUUGAGACUCUUAAGAAGGAUGUCUUCCUUCCAGCCUUUGAAAAAUUCUUCACUUUUUUGAGCAACUUCUUGAAGGCCUCUGGAUCCGGAUUCUUGGUCGGAAAGUCAUUGACCUGGAUCGAUUUGGCUGUUGCUCAGCACUCGGCCGAUCUCAUUGCUCAGGGAAUUGAUUUCAGCAAAUUCCAAGAUCUCAAAGCUCACUCAGAGAAGAUUCAAGCUAUUCCACAAAUCAAGAAGUGGAUCGAUUCUCGCCCAGAGACUCCUUUCUAA